GAAUGGAUGCAGGCACAGCUGUAGCCAGCUCUGAGAAGCCAGAGAGUUCAGUUGCUGUCUCUGUACCCCUCGCACCGGCUGCCAUGGCCAAGGGGGAGAAAGCCCCGGUCACAUCAGGGGACAAACUCACGAUGAAGCAACCUGAACCUGCUUUCACCAAGGUUCCACCACAGACUCAUCUGGAUCAGAAACUCUCUGUAUGUAGCAAACUCUGUUUCGCCAUCGGAGGAGCACCGAAUCAGGUCGCCGGGAGCGCAACAGCAUUCUUCCUUCAAAUAUAUCUACUUGACAUUGCACAGAUAUUUAUAGAUGCCACAUUCGACCGCUCCAGAUACGUUGACGCGUUCGCCAUCUUCCAAUAUGGCGGACGGCUUACGAUGGUGGGCUGCACUCCAUUCAUGGUGGUCUCUUACUUCUACCUUUGGUUUGUCCCACCUUUUACCAAUGGGAGGUUCAUCUGGUAUCUGGGCUUUUACUGUCUCUACCAAACUCUCAUCACA